AUGGGAAUAUUUGUGGGCUACUCAACACAGUCCAAGGGGUACAGAGUUUAUAAUUUACAGACAAAGAAGAUCUUGAUCAGUAGAGAUAUUAAAGUUCUUGACAAAUCUCAGGAUUGUUCUGUAGAAAAUGGAGAUGGUUUGGUUGUGAAUACCACAGAUGAAUCUUCUGUUAAGAAAAGUAAAUCCUUAGCAGAAGUUAGCUUGCAGCUACCUAUCUUGGUUUCUUGGAUUCGAACAUCUGGUAUCGGAGCAGAGCUUCUUGGUGGACAUUCUUCAUUGCCUUCACCUCCUAUCUUUAAGGGAGUAAACUAUGAUCUUUGGGCAAUAAAGAUGGAAACUUUCUUUAUGGCUCAUGGUUUAUGGAAUUCGGUUAAAGAAGGGUUUGAUCCUUCAUCUCUUGCUGAGAAUCCUACUGUUCAAGCAUUGAAGGAUUUCAAUGAAAAAAAGCAAAAAAAAUUUAAAGCUUUGACCUUUUUGCACUCAGCCAUUGAUGACACUAUCUUCACUAGAGUUGUUGGUAUUAAAUGUAUAAAGAAAGCCUGGGAGAAGUUGCAAGAAGAAUACCAAGGAAAUGCUAGGGUAAGGCAGCAAAAAUUGUUAACUCUCAAAAGGGAGUUUGAGUUAUUGAAGAUGCAGGAAUCAGAGCAAAUUAAAGACUACUCUGAUAAGUUAAGUGAGAUGGUAAAUCAAAUGAAGCUGUAUGGGGAAGAAGUUCCAGAUCAUAAGGUGAUUGAAAAGAUUUUGAUUAGCUUACCUAACAGAUUUGAAGCAAAAAUUGCUGCCAUUGAAGAGUCCUGUGAUUUAACCAAGCUGUCUGUUUUUGAGUUGUGCAGUAAGCUACAAGCUCAAGAGUUGAGAUUUACUAGGAAGUCUGAAGAAGUGACAAAAGGUGCCUUUCAUAUGAAGCACAAAGGAAAGCAGUCUUCUUCAUCAAAAGAAUGCAAGAAACCGUGGAAAGGUGGAAAAGGAAAGCAAAUUAGCAAUGUUGCCAAUUCUAAUGAGUCACCUGGAAAAGGCAAUUUUUCACCUUGUCCUUAUUGUAAAAAAAAAUCAUCCUGA